AUGGCACGCCGUCCUCACCGAGCUCGACCUCACCAAGCUCGUCCUCACCACGCUCUGUUGAAGAAACUUGCAAAAGAUAUUGAAUCCUUGAAGAAAGCCAACAAUGACGUUGUCGAAGCUAAAGUCGUGCGGAUUGAAACGGUGCCGUAUAAAUUGGGCGGUAAAAGACGCGCCUCUUUUGAGGCCACCUUGCCUGACCCUUUGCAAUAUAAAAGGCAGAGCUUCUGGUUCAAAAUUCAGAGCACACCUCUCAACUCUCAAAUCAGAUCUCAACUCUCUCAAUCAAACCUGUCAAUGGCACGCCGUCCUCACCGAGCUCGACCUCACCAAGCUCGUCCUCACCACGCUCUGUUGAAGAAACUUGCAAAAGAUAUUGAAUCCUUGAAGAAAGCCAACAAUGACGUUGUCGAAGCUGUAGAACUGAGGAAACAGUGGAGGAAGAAGACUAGGACAACUAGAUCAUAUGUUGUCUAUUGGUAG